AUGACUCUGAGAUAUGCCCACGUUCCACCAGCCGUGCUUCUAUAUGGAACGUGGAGCGAUAGUUCUUCAGACAAUACUAGUGACGAAAAUGAAUCAGAAUAUAGUGGAAAUCAAGAAGAAAAAUAUGAAAAAUAUGAAGAUAAAGAAAUUCAACAUAGAAACCGAAUGGAAGACCAAAAUUCUACAGAUACCGACAUUCGAUAUAAAAAUCAUUCAAAUAAAGCAAAAAAUGAAUCAGAUUAUUCUGAAAGUUUUGGAUUUAACACUAGUUCUGAUGAUGACAAUCCUCACCAUACGCAUGUUUAUGAAGAUGAUGAAGAUGAAUUCACAAAAAUACAAACAGUUAGUUAUACUGAAGAAAGUAUCGUAUUAAUUAAUCCAUUUCAAUCAGAACAAUCAUUGGAUACAAGUAUAGAAGCAUCAUUGGAUACAACUUUAAAUAACUCUCAUGAACAAUCAGAAUCUUCAGAAUCAGAAGAGGAAGAAGACGGCGAAAUUCAUCAAGAAACCCUACUUGAAGAAGAACCUAUAAGUGAUGUAGAAUGCAAUGAAGAGGAAUGUGAUGAUGAAGAAUUUCAGAGAUACGAAGAAAACUUGUUUGAUACUUCUAAAAUCGAGCAGUCCUCUGAUGAAACUCAAUCUACAACUGCAAAUAUUUCAAAUAUAUCAACAAAUGCUAAAAUUUCUCAAGAAAACGAAAUAUCCCAAAUUAAUAAACCAGAGCAAGAAAAAAUCAAAGAAACUAAGUCCUUUUCAAUUAAAGAUAGCGAUAUUGCUCAAAAUACUUCAAAAGAUUCAAGUCAAAUCCAAAAUGAAAAUAAAAUUUCGACAGAAACUGAAAAAAUUGAUAAGAAAACUAUUAAACAAGAUUCAUCCAGUAAUGCUAUAACAGAUAUUAAGCCUAAUUAUACAAAAUCUUCACCAGAUAAACCAAAUGAAAACAAAUCUGUCCAAAUAGACCAAAGCAAGCUCGAAACCAAUAAUUUGCAAAGCAGUAAUAACAUUGAUCCUAUUAAGAAGACUUCAAUUGCAAAAAGUUCUGAUCAAAUCCAAAAUGAAAUCAAAAUUGACGAUAAAACGCAAACAAUCAGGUCAGAGCCAAUAUUCCCAGCUCCUAAUCUCACUGUUGAUCUUAAUUCUCUUAAAGACGAUGCUGAAACCACGGAUUCUCAUUUACUUCCAAAAAUUCGACAACUUCUUGAUGUUGCCAUGGAAACUCGACGCAACAAAACCAAUUACAGUGAUUCUGAUGAUGAUUCUUCAGAAAAUUCAAAACUUAGAUUCAUUGAUGUUGAAGAAGAGCCUCAAAUAAGCAUGAAACCAAUUGUAGAGACCCGUAACACUGAUAAUUUGUUCAAUUACAUAUGCAAUCUCAAAGAAAACAGUACAAAAAGUCAAAUUUCAGCAAUAAUUUUUUCAAUUGACCAUUUAUACAACAUUUUCUCACUUCAGAAGACAGAAAUGGUGCUAAGAAUAACAUUGAUUAACUCAAAAACGAGUGAAAAGCUUGGAAACCCCUUCGACGUCAAAUUAAGAAAAUCAACAAAGAAUCCUGGCCGUUUCAAGCCUGAUUUAUUCAAUAAAAUUGUUGCUGUCAUACCUAAAUCAGCUGAUGUCAUACUAAACUUCGCUCUUCUCACUAACAGACAGUACUUUGCUUCAACAAGAAUUAAACCAAACGAUAAGUUCACAAAAAGUGGGAAAUAUUUCCUUCAAUUUCUUAAAGAACCAGGCAGUAUGAACUGCGACAUCACGUCGAAAGUGAAAGGUCUAUUUUCAGCUAAAGUUAGGGAUCCAGCUCUUGAAAUACAAUUCACUUUUGCUGAAGAAAAAGAUGCGAAGAAAAUGACGAAAAUUCCAUUUCAUUCUGUUUUUCCUUUGUGUCUUGUUGACUCCAUUGUUGCGUUUAGAGACUGUUUGUACAUCAUGCAGACAACAAAGAGAACUGCUCACUACGCGCAGAUGAUUUCUGGAUUUGGAGGAAUCAUCGAAAAUGACGAAUUAUUGAUGAAAAUGAGUAGUGAAGUGAAAACUGCGAAAAAGUCUGGAUUAACAAACACUAAGUUUGUUGAGAUUGUUUCUAAGUAUACUUCUGCUACUGGCUGUUCUUCCUGUACUCCAUUUAGAACUGAUGAACUUAUUCCACUCAAAUUGUUUUAUUCUGCAAUUGGAAAUGAUAUUUUUGUUUAA